AGAGAAACAGAGAGAGGCCAGCGGAGGGGAACGAGAGGAGCAGAGUCAACACUAGUCCUAACAACAACCACCACCACCCAUCAUCAUCCUUUAAGCGUUACUCCAAGUCAGACAUCAGAAGACCCAGGAACCGCACCUACAGCACCAGCUCUGCCAGCAGUGGCACCAGUCUGGACGGACCUGGACUGGGACAGGGAGUGGGGUUGGGGGAAGACAGGGCCCGACGAGACCGGUUGGGGCGCAGGGAGCGAGAGAGAGGGGAGGGAGGAGGAGGUCAGCUCCAGAACAGGAGAAGAAGCACUAGAGACUCCUCUACUGACUCACUGGAAGAGAGCAAGGUGGGAGACUGGAUGGAUGAGAGGAGGARGAGGAGAGACGGAGGAGAGGAGGACUGGAGCCCGGAGAGGAGGAAGAGGGGGGAGGAGAGCAGAGGGACAGGAGGGAGGCACAGAGGAGGAGGAGGGAGAGCAGGUCUCCUGAGAAUAUCUCACAGUGACAGACAGUCAGGCUCCUCCCAGGCUACCUCAGGCCCCGGCGAGGACCCCCAGGGGCGACGCAGACAGGGCACUGGGACUCGCAGCAGGGGGAGGGGCAUCCUCAUCCUCCCCGCCCACACCAACCUCUCCAAUUCGCCGGGGGAGCCCGGGCCGAGGCUACUGUUUGGUGGGAUCCGUGGCGGAAGAGAGGCGGGGCUAGGGAGAGGAGGAGGGCGUGGCGGAGGAACAAGGCGUCUCUGGGACCCGAACAACCCCGACCAGAAACCCGCCCUCGGGCUCUCCCAGCAUGCAUCGCUCCAGCAGCAGCAGCCCAUGUACCUGCAGACAGGCGUUGGUUACGGAGCGCUGCACUUCCUGGAUACAGAUGACGAGGCUGCAGGGAGUCCCCCGGUCCGCCAGGGGGAGCACUUCCACCUCCAGCAGCAGGCUGCAGCCAUGGCCCAGGCCUUCUACAAGUACCAGAACUCUGACAACCCUUACCCUUACAACGCCAACCCGAACCCCAACACACGCUACCCCUACCCUUACCACACUAUGCCCGCCGGCCCUUACCUGAUCCCCCCCUCUAACGACAUGUACCACCCGGGUCAGUUCUACGGGGGGUACARGGGCCAGGGGUACCCGGAUGGACCCGAGGCUGCAGCAGGGGGUGGAUCCGGAGCAGGUGUAACCCCUGAGGAGGCUGGGCAACAUGCCAGAGGAGAGCUGGGGAGACUGCUGAGAGCUGCAGACAGUCAGGAGUUACAGCUCACUAACCUGUUGUCUCGAGACAGACUCAGUGCUGAUGGACUGGACCGCAUGGCUCAGCUCAGAGCUGACCUGUUGACCCUGUACGAGCGUGUGAUCCUAACAGACAUAGAGUUCAGUGACAGCCAGAACCUGGACCAGGCUCUAUGGAAGAACGUGUUCUACCAGGUUAUAGAGCGCUUCAGACAGCUCCUCAAAGAUCCCAGCGGAGACUCAGCUCCGCACAUCACCACCAUGCUGCUGACACUGCUGGACGAGGGGGCAGUAUUCUUUGAUGCGCUGCUGCAGAAGCUUCAGAUGGUGUUUCAGUUUAAACUGGAGGAUUACAUGGACGGCAUGGCCAUCAGACCACGACCACUAACGCAAAACGGUAACUAUGCUCUGAUCAGUGCCCAGCGGUGUUUGAUCUGUCAGGGGGACAUCGCCCGUUACCGGGAGCAGGCCAGCGACUCGGCUAACUACGGCAAGGCCCGCAGUUGGUACCUGAAGGCCCAGCAGAUUGCUCCUAAGAACGGACGACCCUACAACCAGCUUGCCCUGCUGGCUGUCUACACGAAGAGGAAGUUGGAUGCAGUGUAAUUACAUGCUAGCCUGGCGGCCUCCAACCCCAUCCUCACUGCCAAGGAGAGCCUCAUGAGUCUGUUUGAAGAGGCCAACGCAAGGCGGACCAGAUGGGACGGAGGCAGGAGUCAGAAGGGGGUUCCAGGGGCCCAGGGGUCCAGGGUGGAGGAAGAGGACGGGGGGAGCAGGGGGCCAGACAUGGAGUCGUUCCCAGCGGUGGUCAGUCGUGUUCUCCAGGAGUUCAGAGUGCUGAUCCAACACAGCCCCUCCCCUCUGGGCAGCACACGCAUGUUACAGAUCAUCACCAUCAACAUGUUCACUAUACACAACGCUCAGAGCAGAGGAGGAGAUGGUGGAGUGGGACCGGUGAGGAUAUCAUGUUACCAAAAAUCCAACUCCACCCACACAGCUUGUAGUAACCUUGAUGGAGAGGUUUGCCUGACCUAUGAACUCUACCCCCUAGGAAGGCAGACAUUGAUUCUCUCCCUAUCCCUUUCUCCCUCACUCCCUCUCUCAGAGCCCAUCCCUGAGGAGGAGAGAGAAGAGGGGGAUGAGUGGGAGGAGGGGAUGGUGAGAGUUUCUGCCUUCCCAUUGGACCUGAGGGAGCUGCUGCCCAGCGUUAAAGUCUGGUCUGAUUGGAUGCUUGGACACCCCGACCAAUGGAAUCCUCCGCCUUGUAGUAUAGAUGGUUGUAGCUCUGGUGUGUGGCGUAGCUUGGCCGACCUGUGUAAUGCGUUGGCUCGUGUCGACCACGGGGAAGCGCCGCUGUACAAGGCAGACGGGGACGGAGGCGAGGGGGAUGAGGAGCUCCGCCUGUUGCUAUUGGAGGAGGACAGGCUACUGGCCGGCUUCGUCCCGCUGCUCGCCGCCCCACAGGAACCCUGCUACAUAGACCUCACCAGGGAUACCGUAAUAGCAGCAGACUGUAAAAGGGUAACAGUGUUGAAGUAUUUCCUGGAGGCUCUGUGUGGACAGGAACAACCUCUCCUGGCCUUCAAGGGAGGGAAGUAUGUCUCCAUGGCAACCUCUCCCCAACCCAGCAGCCCCGGCGACGCCCACAGUCGACACGACUCACUGACCGAGAGAGAGAGCGAUGACGUCAUCGUGGAGGCAGAGUCGUCUGUUUCCGAGGGGGAUGAGGGCGGGGGCAGCGAAGAUGACAUCAGAGAGCUCCGGGCCAGACGCAGCGCCCUCACUAACAGACUGGCUCAGCAGCAACGACGCAGGGACAAGAUACAGGCGGUGUUACAGACGGGUGGUCAGUUGAAGUUAGAGGUACGUCCUCUUUUCCUGGUUCCAGACACCAAUGGCUUCAUCGACCACCUGACCGGCCUCAAGACACUGCUGCAGUCUGGGACUUACAUACUGGUGGUGCCCCUCAUAGUGAUAACAGAGUUGGAUGGUCUGGCGAAGGGUCAGGAGAGCUGCGGAGGCUCCGGCGGUGGUCGUGGCGGCGGUGGUUCCCGUGGUAACCCUGGCGCGACUCAUGCACGGGCGGUCCAGGAGAAGGCCAAGGUUGCCGUGGCGUUUCUGGAGCGAGGUUUCGAGGCCAGGGAGCCCUGUCUCAGAGCGCUGACCAGCAGAGGAAGUCAACUGGAGUCUAUCGCCUUCCGCAGCGAAGACACCUCCGGACAACAGGGGAACAAUGAUGAUGUCAUCUUGUCCUGCUGUCUAUACUGCAAAGACAAGGCUAAGGACUUCAUGCCUGCACAGAGAGACGGUCCGGUGCGGUUGCGUCGGGAGGUGGUUCUUCUGACAGAUGACCGUAACCUGCGGGUCAAAGCCCUGACCAGGAAUGUGCCGGUCAGAGACAUCCCCGCCUUCCUCACCUGGGCCAAAGUGGGCUGAACCGGGUCACACCUUAGACUAUGCCCAGAGCACCCAAUCAACCAAUCAACUGCUGAGAACCGCUGGCCACCUCACAUACCAUCGGAGUGAAGGAGGAGCCUGUAAGCUAAUGCAGAAGGGAAGACUGAUGGAGAAAGCUUUUUUUGUGGAAAAAUGAAAUAUGGAAACUAAAAAGCUUUUUUUUGUGUGUGGAAUGAGUUGAAUAGGCUGAGAGCUUUUUACCCUCUCGUUGUGAUGAGGUGUGUGUGUUUACCGCUGAGCUCAGGGAGCGGGAGGGAGGAGAGUUUUAAGAGAUGCAGGAAGGCUGGCCCAUGAAGAGAGGUAGAAGACAGAAGGUAUUUGUGUUCAUUUCUGGUUUCUUCGGUCCAGCCAUGCGGCGUGCRUAACUUCUGCAGUGGGUUCACAAGGCCAGCGGCAGUACUUACCUCAGUGGAAACGACAGAGAGGAAGASAGACAUGGAAUGGAGAGGGACAKGGAGGUUAGGGCUGGAGGACCAAGGCCCAAACCUGACUGAGAAGUUUUAUAGUAUGUGUCUGUGUGACUGUUUGACUGACAGCUGUCUGGAACCCCAGUGCAGCACAGAGAGAGAGGCUUUGUAUUUUAUUUAUUUAACCUUUAUUUAACUAGGCAAGUCAGUUAAGAACAAAU